AUGGCUGCCAAGCACCAAGGCACAAAGAAAACCAGGAGGCCGAAGAAGAAGAAGCCCCAGAAGAAGCGUCAACAGGCCAGAAAGAAGGGGAGGAGGCUCCAGCCUAAGAAGCAGAAGAGGCGGCAGGCCAAUAAGGUGGGGAGCAGGACGGUGUUGAGCAUCUCUUCUCCUCGUCUCUUUGCUGCCAAGAUCCUGAGGAACAUGCCAAAGGUGCGCAUGGAGACCAAGGCCAGGGGGCUGAUGAAGACGUUGCUGAUAGACUUGUAUGACAACAUAUCAAAGGAGAUGGAGAGCCUGAGCCAAAAUAAUCAGGAAUCCACCGUCAGCCCCACUGACGUGCAAGCAGUCUUAAAGGAGGCCAUGGCCAAGGAGUUGGCCAAACAUUCGGCCGAGCCAGACAGCAGUGAGACUGCUACUGCUGCCUAG